UUGUUUGUUUGGUGUUAAGAAAGUAUGGAAAGAGGGAAACCAUAUUUGGCAAUUGGCAUCCAUUACAAUUUCCCAAUACAAAAAAAUCACAAGUUAUGUUUCUCUCACUAUGUGAAAUGCAUUGUUAUAACAGCAGAGUCCAAUGAUCUCCUCCACUUAAUAGGAAACACACAUGAUUACACCCAACAAACCAAUUCUCCUCUUUCAUAUAUUCCAUCACAUAUAAAACUCUCUUCCUUUUCCCCCCCUUUUUUUCUUCCUCUUCUUCCUCACACCAUUCAUACACCCUCUCCUCUCAAAUGGCUACUUCUUCUUCAUGUACAGCCACCUCCCUCCAUGGCUUCUACCACUUCCUAUCCCAUGAGCUCGAUGACCUCGACCACGCCUUCGUCUCCUCCGAUUUCAUGUCCCUUCACUUUCUCCAAAAAGUUCUUUCUCUUCUUAGAACUCUCCACUCUCAGCUCAUCCAGCUUGGCCAACGCCUUCACCUCCCCGUCGGCGGUAAGUGGCUUGAUGAGUAUAUGGACGAAAGCUCCCGCCUUUGGGAAGCUUCCCAAGUCCUUAAAUCUGGUAUCUCAAGGAUGGAGGUUUUUCAUGUUGAAGCUUCUGCCAUAGCUUCUUCUUUGCAAGAUCCUCACUUUCUUCGAUUCAAUCCUCGCGCUUCCAGACGGGUUCUUCGUGCAAUUACUGAUUUCGAGAGGAAUGUUUUUGGGUUAGAAGAAGAAAAUAGAAGCUUGAUGAAUACAAGGAUUCCGCCAUUAUCACUCCUCUGUUUCAAUGGAAGCAGCAGUGUGUCAAGCGGAAUGGGAUCGACAUCGAAGUUGAAUGCUUUUAACGGAUUUAGAGGUGUUCUUCAUGCAGUGAAGAACAUAAGCUCGUUGCUUCUAAUGAUUCUUCUAUGUGGUCUUGUGUAUUGUUGGCCAGAAUCAAUUUUCCAUGGAAGUAAUGGGAUUGGGAAUGAAGAAGAUCAGCAUCAAAGAACCAUGUUUAGCUCAAGCUUUAUAGCUUCAAUGGAGAGAUUGAAACAGAGAGUAGCAAAUGAAAUAGAGAGAGUUGAUGUUCAACCAGUGGGGAUAUUGUUGUUUGAAUUUAGAGAAGCAAAGGCAGCCAUGGAAGGGUUGAAAGUGGAGCUUGAGAAGGGUUUGGAGGAAGAUGAUGAAGAAGAAGUUGAAAUUGAAGAGAAAAUUGAGAGAUUGAAUAGUUGGUUUGGUUCGUUAAGAAUUGGAGUGGAUGCCAUUAUUGGACAGCUUGAUGAUUUCUUUGAUGAGAUUGUUGAAGGAAGAAAGAAGCUUUUGGACAUGUGCACUCAUAAUAGGUAAAAAAAAAAAAGAAAAGAAAAAAGCAUCUGGGUAUGUUGCAAGAUGCAAAAUUUGAAUGUAGUCAAAACAAAUUUUGGAAGAUGAGAGAAAUUCCUGCAUAAUUGUUUGUAAUUUUUAUGAUAAUUGUUUUAAAUGACAAUAGUAUUUAUAAAUAUAACAAAAUUUGAUUGUCUA